AUGGCUGAAGAUCUGCGUUGGUAUUAUACCAAUGCGACUGAAGAUGGUACAAUGCGACACCCCGUUGAUUCUAUCUCUUGGGCACAAGUGAAUGAUAAAUGGCCAUACAUUGCUGCUGAACCAAGGAAUCUUCUACUUGGAAUUUCUACAGAUGGGAUGAACCCUUUCUCCAUGCAAAACACCAAUCACAACACAUGGCCAGUGUUGUUAGUGAACUACAACACGACUCCAACGAUGUGUAUGAAGGCUGAGAAUAUAAUGUUGACAUUGCUGAUCCCUGGUCCAACAGCUCCUGGUAAUAACAUAGAUGUCUACUUAGCACCAUUAAUAGAUGAUCUGAAAGAUUUGUGGGCUGAGGGUAUUGAAGUCUAUGACUCAUUUGCGAAGGAGAAUUUCACACUUAGAGCCUUACUACUUUGGUGUAUCAGUGACUAUCCAGCAUUAGGAACCUUGUCUGGAUGUAAAGUGAAGGGGAAACAAGCAUGCAAUGUAUGUGGAAAGGAUACACCUUCUAGGUGGCUUAAGUUCAGCCGCAAGUUUGUCUACAUGGGAAAUAGAAAGAGACUACCGCCUGGCCAUCGUUACAGAUAUAAAAAAGCUUGGUUCGACAACACAGUGGAGGAAGGGAAUGCGAGUAGGAUACAAACUGGCGCUGAGAUAUAUGAGACAUUACAAGCUUUUAGGAAUGAUUUUGGAAGACCUCUAGAUAAGGAGAAGAAAAGGAGAAGACCAGAGUUGGAAGAUGAUGAGAUGGUUCAAGAAGAAGAGUUUGAAGAAUCAAAUGAUCUAUGGCGGUGUAAGAAGAGAUCAAUAUUCUUUGAACUACCUUACUGGAAGGAUAUGCAUGUUCGUCAUAAUAUUGACGUUAUGCACGUUGAAAAGAAUGUGUCGGAUGCUAUAAUGUCUAUCUUGAUGCAAAGUUCGAAGUCAAAAGAUGGUUUGGAAGCAAGAAAAGACUUAGCAGAUAUUGGAAUCAGAAGUCACUUGCACACAGAGGUUAGGGGUUCGAAAACAUACUUACCUCCAGCAUCGUAUUGGCUAUCCAAGAAAGAGAAGACCAUUUUCUGCAAAAGGUUAUCUCAGUUUAGAGGUCCUGAUGGUUAUUUGUGUAAUAUUGUGAAUACUGUUUCAGUUAACCCUCCUAAUAUAGGUAGUUUAAAGUCGCAUGAUCAUCACGUACUAGUACAGAACUUGUUACCAGCUGCAUUAAGAGGGUUGUUGCAUAGUGGUCCUAGGAUUGCCAUUAACAGAUUAUGCAGCUACUUUAACAGGUUGUGCCAACGCAUCAUUGACCCGGAGAAACUUAUAUUAAUGGAGACAGAGUUUGUGGAAACAAUGUGUCAACUGGAGUGCUUCUUCCCUCCAUCUCUUUUUGAUAUCAUGUUCCACCUUCCAAUACAUCUCUCAAAAGAGGCACGCUUGGGAAGACCAGUUCGCUUCCGCUGGAUGUAUCCAUUUGAAAGGUACAUGAAAACACUAAAGCCCUUUGUUAAGAAUUAUGCAAGGCCAGAAGCAUGUAUGGCUGAAGGGUAUUUAGCUGGAGAAUGUGUUGCAUUUUGUUUAGAGUUCCUUCAAGAUUCAGUACAAGUUCAAGAACCAGUUAAUCGUAAUGAAGAUAUUGAGGUUGAUAGAGUCGUGGUUGAAGGUCGACCUCUGCAGAAGGGAGUAGAGGUCACCCUUUCAGAUAAAGAUAGAGAUAUUGCUCAUCGCUAUGUGCUAAUGAACAUGGCAUCUAUGGAUCCCUAUGUUGAGUAA